AUGACGACGGCAACUUCGAGUUCUUUCCCGAAAAUCCUUUCCAAAACGAUCGACUGCAAACAAGGAGCCGUUCGGGCAGUCAGAUAUAAUGGUAAUGAUGAUUUAUUCAAUCUUUCCGAUAAGUGAUUGACUUUCAGUUGAUGGGAACUACUGUGUCACUUGUGGCAGCGACAAAACAGUCAAACUGUGGAAUCCCUUGAGAGGAAGUCUUCUGAAGACCUACUCUGGCACGGGGAACGAGGUUUCUUCGAUAUAUUUGAUUAGCAAGAAAGUUUGAAAUCCUUCUAAUUGAAGUUAUUUUACAAUUAUCUGAGAAAAUAGCUUUGAUGGCCUACCCCCCCACCGGUAAGAUGGAAAAAAAUGAUUUUUAUUGAAGGUCCUCGACGCGGCUUCUUCCUCGGACAACGCUCAGAUCGCGGCUGGAGGUGCAGACAAGGCUCUGACAGUUUUCGACGUCGAAACGGGAAAGCAGCUCCGACGGUGGCGGGCUCACGGCGGUACACCUCGUUCCCAUUACCUCUACAUAGGUGCUUCAAAAUUCAGCCCAAGUCAACGCGGUGGCCUUCAAUGAAGAGUCCAACGUCGUCUUUUCCGGAUCCAUGGACUGCACCAUGCAGGCUUUCGACGCCAGAAGUCGCAGCGAAAAGCCGAUUCAGGUAGUUUUGUGAGGAAGGUGUGAUAAUAAAGAAUUUCAGUUGCUAUAUGUAUUUUCUUUUUUCAAAACUGAUUUUUCUUUGCUUUCUGACUUUUUCCGCAAGUUUCCCAUGAUACUCUCUAACGUCUUCUUAAAAAAACAAGCUUCAAGAUUUCUCGGUUAUUGAAAUAUGACGUCGCAAAGUUUCCGAGUGAUACUGUAAAACUGUUUUUUUUUUUUCACUUAAAGCCUUUUUUCAUCGAAAAAUAAGAAUUAUCGAAAUUCUGAUUACUUCAAGAGCUUCAGAGAUCAACUUCUAAAACUCCAAAAAUCAAAUAAAAAAGAAAAUAACUUUCUCGCCAGAUCUUCACUGAAUCCACCGACGCAAUUCUUUCUAUCGACGUCAACGGACACGAAAUCGCGGCUGGAAGUGCCGACGGCAACUAUCGGACCUACAGUAUUCGAGAUGGAAAUGUUCGCUUUUCUGAGAUAUUUUAGAAGUUCAUCGACGGUUCAGAUGACUGUCGAUUUCAUGGGAGACAGCGUGAACAGCGUCAAAUUCACUCCAGAUGGAAACUGUCUCCUUGCUGGGGUUAUGGGCGGCGUCGUCCGACUCAUGGACAAAGGCAACGGACGUCUUCUGGCUAGGUUCAGCCUUUUUUUUAAAUUGAAAUUCUCUUUGAAAAUUAUUCGAGUUUCGCUGUGUAAAGAGGAGGUUUUGAUUAAUUUUUAUGAUUUGUUUUUUCAUGAAGAUUGAUAUUUAAUGAGAAAAUAAAUAUCAAGCUUAAAAUAAUUGUGAGACAGAGUAAAAAUCUAAAAAAAAGAGCUGCGUUUUUCGUUUCGGAAAAAAAUUUCAAUUUCAAUUUGCGAGGAGCCUUCUAAGUGUUCGAGGCUUCAGGAAUUUCUGAAAAUCGGAAUUUCAACCUGCGAGUAAUUCAAGGAAGCUAAUUUUGGAAAAAUCAGGAAAUCCCGCAAUUUCUGACUUGAAAACCUAAUACAUCGAAAAUUUUCAUCAAAUCUCGAGAGUUCUGAAGUUUAAUUACAUAUAAUUAAUUACUUUGUCCACUAUUUCAAUUUAACUUUUCACAUUUUUUAAUAUUUUCUCCUUUUUUAAUGAUCCCCUUGCAGUUAUAAAGGACACCAGAACAAGGACUACAAGAUAGAUUCCUGUAUUUUGUCGUCAAUCGAACACGUGGCGACGGGAUCCGAAGACGGCUUUGUUUAUGUUUACAGGUACCCUUCCAUGCUUCUUCUUACCGUCUCACCUUAUUUCAGCCUUCUCGAUUCGGAUGUUCUGACAAAGCUGCAGCAUCCGUCACGAGUCAUCCCAUCAUUAUCGGCUCAUCCGAAGAAGAAUCAUUUGAUAACCGCAGCGGGACAAAUCAUCUAUUUAUGGGUGCCAGAAGGAGAAGAAAACCCCGAGACGUAA